AUGGAGGGUCAGAACGAAAAUGAUGAGCUCUACCCUAUCGCUGUGCUCAUCGACGAGCUUAAGCACGAUGACGUCCUCCUCAGACUCAAUGCCAUUCACCGUCUAUCCACGAUCGCGCUUGCCCUUGGACCCGACCGAACCCGGGAUGAGCUCAUCCCAUUCCUUGAUGAUUCCGUCGAGGAUGAGGACGAAGUUUUGACCGCACUGAGUGAAGAGCUAGGCAAUUUCACAGAAUUUGUUGGAGGUCCAGAACACGGGCAUGUGCUCCUCUCCCCGCUGGAGAAUUUGGCGGCCAUUGAGGAGCCCUUGGUGAGAGAAAAGGCCGUCGAGUCACUCAACAAGGUUUGCGAGCAGCUCUCAGAGAACCAAGUCGAGGAACAUUUUGUGCCUCUUGUCCUGCGCCUGUCAAAGGCAGACUGGUUCACCUCGAAGGUCUCUGCAACUGGCCUUUACUCUACACCAUACAAGAAGGCUACACCGGCGCUGCAGCAGACCCUCCGACAGCAAUUUGGAGCUUUGGUACACGAUGAAACCCCGAUGGUGCGGAGACAGGCGGCGAACAACCUGGCCAAAUUUGUCAAGGAAAUGGAUAGCCAGACUGUCAUCGAUGAAAUAAUCCCUCUUUUCCAAUACCUGGCGAGUGAUGAUCAGGACAGCGUGCGUCUGCUCACCGUUGACAUUCUCAUUGCGAUCGCGGAGGAAAUCCCUAAGGAACAGCAGCCCAGCCAUGGAGUUUUGUUGACAUCGCUGCGGAACUUGUUCGAGGAUAAGAGCUGGAGGGUCCGAUACAUGGUUGCUGAUAGAUAUGAGAAGAUUGCUAAAGCCGUUCAUGAAGAGGUUGUCACCCGGGAUAUGGUUCCCGCCUUUGUUAAGCUUCUUAAAGACACAGAGGCUGAGGUCCGCACAGCCAUUGCUGGCCAGAUUCCUGGCUUCUGCCAUUUGAUUGACCGUGACACCCUUCUCAAUGAGAUCAUGACUAGUGUGGAGGACCUGGUUUCCGAUCCCUCUCAGCAUGUCCGAGCUUCCCUUGGUACUCAGAUCAGCGGGCUCGCACCUAUCCUGGGCAAGGAAGAGACUAUUGCCCAUCUCCUUCCUAUGUUCCUUCAGAUGCUCAAGGAUGAAUUCCCCGACGUCCGCCUGCACAUCAUUUCCAAGCUCGAGCAAGUCAACAAAGUCAUUGGUAUCCAGCUCCUAUCUCAGUCUCUUCUUCCUGCCAUUGUUCAGUUAGCUGAGGAUAAGCAAUGGCGCGUGCGCCUUGCCAUCAUUGAAUAUAUCCCUCUCCUCGCCAGUCAACUGGGAGUUGAGUUCUUCGAUGAGCAGCUGAGUGAUCUCUGCAUGGGCUGGCUCGGGGAUACUGUCUUCUCGAUCCGCGAGGCUGCUACCGAGAACUUGAAGAAGCUGACAGAGGUAUUUGGCGUUGAAUGGUCAAAAGCUUCCAUUAUUCCCAAGGUGAUGGCCAUGGGGCAACACCCCAACUAUCUUUACCGCAUGACAACGUGCUUUGCUGUUUCUACUCUCGCCCCUGUUGUGACACUCGAAAUUAUCGAAAACUCUCUUCUUCCUAUUCUGGAACGUUUGGUGACAGAUGAAAUCCCCAACAUUCGCUUCAAUGUUGCCAAGUCCUACGCCGUUAUUAUCGCCACACUGCGUCGCCUGCCAGCUGAUAAGACCCUGGGUGAGGUUGAGAAGUCUGAGGAGACUAUCGCACCGGCACCCCAGAGCCAGGAAUUGAUUCAGUCAAGGGUUGUGCCCAGCUUGGAGAAGCUGCAGGAGGAUGAAGAUGUGGAUGUCCGGUACUUCGCUACGACUGCUGGCGGUAACCAGGACGAGGUUAUGCAAACCUCCCCUUAA